GUGUUUUUUGAAAACAAACAAACAAACAAACAAAAAAAAAGUCCACCAUUUGGAUGUGAGAAAGGACAUGAGGAGACCAAAGACCUGGGAUUUUGCAGAUCAGAAUGAAACAAAUGUUGAAAGACUUUUCAAAUCUAUUGCUGGUGGUGCUCUGUGACUAUGUUCUGGGAGAAGCUGAGUAUCUCCUCCUUGGAGGGAGAGGACAUGUAGCACUGAGCAACCACACAGUGCCUGUGGAGUUCCAGAUCUUGGAUGGUGCCAAUGGCACGCUGAGGAAUGUGUCUGUCCUGUUGUUGGAGGCCAGCACCAACCAGACUGUCACCACCAAAUACCUCCUGACCAACCAGUCCGAGGGAACGUUGGAGUUUGAGUGCUUUUACUUCAAGGAGGCAGGGGACUACUGGUUCACGAUGACCUCAGAAGCAACAGACAACAGCACUGCAAAGUCCUGGUGGGAGAAAAGUGCCCUUCUGAAGGUGGAAUGGCCAGUCUUUCACAUUGACUUGAACAGGACCGCCAAGGCAGCAGAAGGCACCUUCCAGGUGGGCCUUUUUACCAAUCAGCCACUGUGCCCAUUCCCUGCAGACAAACCCGACAUGUUGGUGGAUGUCAUCUUCACCAACAGUCUUCCCAAGGCAAGAACACAUCAGGGGCAGCCACUGGUGAUAAGAACCAGCAAGAGGACAGAGCUCUCCCAAGCCCAGUGGGUUGAGUUUGACUGUGCACCCGUGGGACCCGAGGCCUACGUCACAGUGGAACUGAAGUUGCUCGGCCGAAACUCUCUCAUUACCUCCACUGGACCCAUUGACCUGGCUCAGAAAUUUGGAUACAAACUGGUGAUGGUUCCAGAACUCACAUGUGAGUCCAGGGUGGAGGUGAUGGUGCUGCCCCCACCAUGUGUCUUUGUCCAAGGAGUAGUCACUGUCUUUAAGGAGGCCCCUAGACUCCCUGGGGAAAGGACCACACUCCUGGCUGAAAAUAACCUGACCUUGGGAGAAAGAAGAACAGUAUUCAACUGCACUUUGUUUGACAUGGGGAGGAAUAAGUACUGCUUUGACUUUGGUGUUUCAAGCAGAAGCCAUUUUUCUACCAUGGACAAGAAGGGAUGCAUGCUAAUUCAGAGAAAUAUAGAAACGUGGGGACUGUGGCAGCCAUGGAGCCAGUGCAGCACCACGUGUGGGGACGGCAUCCGAGAACGUCACCGCGUAUGCCUGACUUCCUUCCCCUCCAGACCUGGCUGCCCUGGAAUAGCCUCGGAGACCUCGCAGUGUUCCCUGGAGGAGUGUGCUGCUUUCCAGCCAUCCAGUCCAGCUCCUCUUCAGCCCCAGGGUCCAGUGAAGUCCAACAACAUUGUGACCAUCACGGGGAUCUCCCUGUGCUUGUUCAUCAUUGUGGCCACCGUCCUCAUCACGCUGUGGCGGAGGUUUGGCCGGGCCCCCAAGUGCAGCACCCCUGCUCGGCACAACUCCAUCCACUCCCCCAGCUUCCGGAAGAACUCGGAUGAGGAGAACAUCUGUGAGCUGAGUGAGCAGCGCGGGAGCUUCUCAGAUGCGGGUGAUGGGCCCCCUGGAGGGCCGGGGGACCUGGGCAUCCCUCUGACCUACAGGCAGAGUGUGCCAGUGACUCCCGAGGACGAUGCCUCUGGCAGUGAGAGCUUCCAGUCCAACGCCCAGAAGAUCAUCCCCCCUCUGUUUAGCUACCGCCUCGCCCAGCAGCAGUUGAAGGAAAUGAAGAAGAAAGGCCUGACAGAAACCACCAAAGUGUAUCAUGUGUCUCAGAGUCCCCUCACAGACACUGCCAUCGAUGCAGCGCCCGGCCCCCCUCUCGACUUGGACAGCCAAGAAGAAGCUGCAGCAAACAAGUUCCGGAUCAAAUCCCCGUUUCCAGACCAGCCCGCUGGCAGUGCCGGAGAACGGUCUUCUUCCCGGCUGGACUUUACCGUCUCUCCGGCCAGUUGUGCUAUAAGCCCCAGCCAGACCCUUAUCCGAAAGUCACAGAUGAGGCACAUGAGCAACAGAGGAGGGCUGUCAGAGCAGAGCCAUGCCAGGAAUUCCCAUUUCCGGAGGACGGCUAGUUUUCAUGAAGCCAAGCAGGCCCGGCCCUUCAGGGAGAGGAGCAUGUCCACUCUGACGCCGAGGCAGGUCUCCAUCUGCAGUUCCAGGGCACGGACCUGGGACCAGGCAGAAGACAGAUUUAGGCCUCAGAGCAGAGGUGCCACCCUGUUUCCUGAGAAACUGGACCACUUCCAAGGGACAGGUGGAUCUAGUCGGCCACUGAGUCCUCUCCCGAAAUCCUGCACCUUGGGGCAGCCCACAAGGAAACUGGAUGUAGGGCAUCGCCAGGUGGGAUUUGUGCCAGGAGGUGAGAAACUGGAGCCUCACAGAGCUCGACGAGGACCGUCUCCCAGUCACAGAAGUGUCUCAAGGAAGCAGCCUUCCCCGACGACCCUCAAAGACAGCUACCAGAGGGUCAGUCCUCUGAGCCCCUCUCAGUGUAGAAAAGACAAGUGCCAGAGCUUCCCAACCCAACCUGAGUUUGCCUUUUAUGACAACACCUCCUUUGGUCUCACUGAGGCAGAGCAGAGGAUGCUGGACCUCCCAGGAUAUUUUGGGUCAAAUGAAGAGGAUGAGACCACUAGUACUCUCAGUGUGGAGAAGCUGGUCAUCUAGGCUGGGACUCAGCCUGACAUCACACAGCGGGGUCCUUUGCCCAGGCGCUGGUAUCAGCUGCUCGCACUGCUGUGUGGACGGUUUUGUGUGAACGGACACAAUGUGGGGAGGAAGUAGCACAGGGGGAGGAUGUGUGUGCAUGUGAUUUAAUUCACAAGGAAGAAGUUAUUUAUCCUGAAUAUUUCC